AUGUCAGCUCAAAAAGUAACAGCACUACUAGCUACCCUCCUCCAGCUGUGUCUGAGUCAGAGUGCAACAGAAGUACUUCCAGUGUUUCUUGCACCGCUGGAGAAUCAUACAGUUACACAGGGAAGAGAUGUUUUCUUCACGUGUGUUGUUAAUCAUCUUCAAGGGUACAAGGUUGCCUGGAUAAAGUCAGAUUCCCGUGCGAUUCUUGCAAUUCAUACGCACAUGGUGACACACAACCCUCGAUUGUCAGUGACUCACAAUGGACACAACACGUGGAAACUUCACAUUUCUAACGUACAGAACAAUGACUCUGGUACUUAUAUGUGUCAGGUCAAUACAGACCCAAUGCGAAGUCAAAUGGGACACAUGGUGGUCCAGAUACCCCCCGACAUAAUUGACGAGGAUUCAACAGACGGUAUGGUGACCCGUGAGCGUGGCAAUAUAAAACUCCGUUGUAAAGCAACAGGGAUACCCCAACCAAUGGUCACAUGGAGGCGAGAGGACGGCCGAAACAUCACUCUCCGCGAGGAGGGACGUGAAAAAUUGUCUGUGAAAAGCUACGACGGUGAAACCCUCAACUUGACUGGUGUUAUACGACAGGAAAUGGGCACAUACCUGUGUAUCGCCAGCAAUGGAGUACCACCCACCAUUAGCAAACGUUACUCCGUACAAGUGCAUUUUGAACCAAUGAUAAAGGUGACGAAUCAGCUUGUGGGAGCACCGGUUAAUAGAAACGUAACACUUCAGUGCUCCGUUGAGGCAUCGCCACGUGCUAUGAAUACUUGGUUCAGGGAUAAAGGUGAAAAACUGCUGCCAAGUGGAAAAUACACGAUGACAGAAUUCCAGCACAACGAGUACUCAUGGCAGAUGAAUCUCACUGUGCACAAUUUAGAAAAAAAGGACUUUGGUGGAUACUCCUGUGCAGCAGUCAAUGCCCUGGGGAAAGCAGAGGCCAGUGUGCGUUUGCAAGAAUUGGAACUAGUAACAGAAACAACACCAGGCCCAGUGACUCGUCACACAGACGCAAAAAUUCGAAAGAAAACAAACGGGAAGAAGAAAGUACACAGAAGACCCUACGAUCAUCAAGAGGAGACCGAUAAUUACUUGAGUGGAUUUGAGGACUUCGGUACGACUCAAGUAAUGGGGGGGAGUACUCAGGAGGGUCACAGAACGGAGAGGCCCUUCACAUUCAGCGAGCGACCUUGGGUAACUAUGGUAUCAGCCACUCAGAGCCUCUAUCCGUCGUUUCAGGGAAUUUUUCUGCUGCUAUUUGCCUCAUUAUAUCGUCAGAGGGUUACGAUUUAAAUGGACUUUAUGGUCUGAUUCUGAUCUGCCAAAUUUAUGUACAUAUGAGAGAGGUUUAGUAUCGCGUGUGAAUGCUGGCGUAUUCUGAGCUGGGGAAAAUUACAUUUCAAUUGAGGGAAUACAAUUAAGAAAACUUUUUUUUUUGUUUUAGUUGAAGGGCAAACGGUUUUGGGGUUCAAUUGAGGGAAUACAAUAAAGAAAACUUUUUUUUUAGUUGAGGGUCAAAUGGUCCUAAAUGCAUUUGACCCUCAGCCCUGAACACCAUCAAGGGCCAUUUGACCCUCAACUCCAAACGUUCUUAAGGGUUGUUCGACCCUCAAGACCAUUCAACUCUCAACUCCAAACGUCCUUGAGACUCCUUUAACCCUCGACAUUAUUUGACCCUUGACUAGAAAGAAAUGGUUUUGAGGGUCAAAUGAUCCUUAAGGUUUUCAAUUGAGGGUCCAAUGGUUUUCAGGGUUAAACAACCCUCAAGACAAUUUGACCCUCAACUCCAAACGUCCUUGAGACUCAUUUAAUUCUCGUGACCCUCAUUUGACCCUCGACACCAUUUAACCGUCAAGUAGAAACAAAUGUUUUUAAGGGUCAAAUGAUCCUUAAGAAGGUUUUCAAAUGAGGGUCAAAUCGUCUUCAGGGUCAAACAACCCUCAAGACAAUUUCACCCUCAAUUUCAAACCUCCUUAAAGCUCGUUUGCCUUUCAGAACCAUUUGACCCUCAGCUAAAAACGAAGAAAGAAGUUUCUUAAAUUGUGCAAAGUAUCUUUUCGGCCCAUUCUCCCCUAUUAAUUGAGAUUCUCGUGACCAAUUAUCAGUCCAAUCUGACAAACAAACGCUUAAUUUAUAAUUUUAUUUUAAUUUUAUUUUUGAUUGACUAAAAUCGUAAAUGUUCAUUCAAUUUCUGUUUUCAAAGCCAAAAUGAAUAAUUAUUCAGUUGUCCAGACUAAUGAACUUGCGAUAAUUCAAAUAGUCAGCCAUAAUGACUAGUUCUCUAUGAAAUAUUACCCAGCUCUGAUACGCAACCAAUUGAAACUAAUUUAACGAGUAUCGUAAUUGGAAUGAGCGUGUAAUGAUACGAAAUAUAUGCGGGUAAAACUCUGCGGGCCCAUAUUUGUUCGAUUAAUCGAGCAUUUAACGGUGAAUUAUCCAAGAAUUCUCCGUUUCGCAUUUUUCCAUUCAUUAGCCAUUGUGGAUUACCAUCGGAAUGAAUUAACUGAUGGGUUUCGAAGGGACUAUUAAUGGUUAUUACCGUGAUUUUAAGAAUUCUGUAAAUUGUCUUCCCCAUUUUUUUUAAUGGUACCAUUAGUUGGAUUAAUGACCAAUAUCAUGACGCUAGGCGAACGGAAUUACCCGAUGGGGGUGUAUAUAAUCUCGCUAUUGCAGGUGAAUUAUUAAGUAGAGAUAUUCAAUUUUAGUCCGACUAGAAAGCAGAUGAAAUGUGGUAGAUUUGACGGAUGUAUUUUUUAAUGAUUGCGGUAUUUCGUUGGAGUGGGAUGCUGUUGGAUGGAGUUUUGGGGAAUUUAAAGACUUGAGAAAGAAAACCGAUAAAAUAUCGCAGAGAAGAGAAGAAAAAAUUUAUUCUCUCUUCUCGUUGAAUAUUGAAUUAUGAGUAAUUUAAAUGAAACAUGUCACAAAACAUUUUUUGUAGAAAAUUUCAAGAACUACAAAAAAAUUCCAGUGACUUCUUGUCGUAGAAUCACCCUUUUUAAGAUAAAUGUGAAAUUAAUAUAAAUUUCAGAUUCUAGUUUCAAAGGCACCGAUUUUAUGUUCCGUUAAUUAGUAAAUUAUCUCAAUAAUGAAGGCUUUUCGAUGAAAAUGCGAAAAAAAUUUUUUGUAGCGAAUUUCAAGAGCUGCAAAGAAGUUCUUGACUUUUUUUCGUAGAAUCACUCGUUUUUUUAAAUAAAUACACAAUUAACAAAAGUGUCAGCUUCGAAGUCGCCGAAAAUUAAAAAAAUAUUGGAAUUGAUUCAUUAUGUUUAAUCACUUCGCUACACAAUAGUCUCCAUUCAGACCCUAACGACCCCUUUAAUGACUCACUUGAAAUUCCGACAAUAUGACGUACCAAAGUCUAGACUAUUCGAUAACAUCACGCACCAUUCAAGCUUGAAAUACGAAAAAAAAGUGAUGAUUCUCUGAAGAAAAAAAAGGUGAAGUGAUCCUACAGGAUCCAUUCAGCGGGAAAUGGGUCAUCACAGAGCUAGCCCCCCAAAACAUCUCUGAUGAAAAUUUUCUCAAGCUUUCAUCUCACCAGACUCUGCAGAUAAACACCAAGAUAAUUACAAGACCUGAUAAGCGAAUGCCUCCAUUCCACUCCAUUACUAUAACAUAAAUUGAAAGACUUUGAAUCGUUUCAAUUUUCAUCUCGAGUUAGGACCACGAGUUAUUCACUAAUCAGACGUAAUACUGAGAGCCGAGGCGCUGAGACAAUAAAUAAUAUAACGUCGAGAAUUAAGAAUAAAAGCGUUUGAUCGAGAUUUUCAUUGCGUAAUAAAAAUCGUGUUAAAAGUCACAUUGAAUUCAGUAGUGAAGGGACACUUGGUGCAUCGACUCCACUUGAGGAUUAAUUUUUGGAGAAUAUGGAUACUGAGGUAUUUAUAAAAAAUUAUUCCUCAAAGGGAUUUCUGGAACAGAAAAAACCACUGAAGUCUGAGCGGAAUAGGCUUUUACCACUUCACCACUGAAUUAUGAAUUCUGAAGUUUCAGCCAUCAUAAAGAUAAUGUAAAGUUGAAUAGAUGAAUUAGAAAAAAUGUUAUUGAGCUCGUAACGUAUGUUAUUAUACUGUGAAUUUUUUUAUGAUUAAAUUUUCUAUUGCGGAUUUUAAAUUUGUUAGUGAAGUUGUAAAAUGUGUGUUGAUUUUUGUCAUUUUAGAAAAUUUCACCCUCAACUACUAACGUCCUUAAGGGUCAUUGACCCUCAAAACGAUUAAUUUCUAGUUGAGGGUCGAACAGCCUUUAGAACCUUCGGAGUUGAGGGCUGAUGGUUUUGAGGGUCAGAUAACCUUGAAGAACAUAUACAGAUGAAGGUCAAAUGAUCUUGAGUGUCAAACAGCCCUUACGAACUUUAAGGGUUGAAGAAAAAAGGGUCAUUUGGCCCGUGACCCACGUCUCCUAGAGUUCUUUGCCCUUCAAGACAAUUUGAUCCUCAAGAUUGCUUAACCCUUAACUGCAAACGUCCUUAAAGGCCGUUUGACCCUCAACUUCAAACGUCCUUGAGGGUCAUUGCCCCUCAAAACUAUAAAUUUUUAAUUGAGGGUCAAAUGGCCUUUGGGGUCAAACAACCCUGAAGAACAUUAAGGGUUAAAGGUCAAAUGGUCUCAAAGGUCGAGUAGAUUAAAGCAGAAUGAUAGGAAAGGGUCAAUUGCCCCUUAAACCGAUUUAACCCUAUACUCUAAACGUCCAAACGUUAAAGGCCAUUUGACCCUAAAACGAUUUGACCCUCAACUUCAAACGUCCUUAAGGCUCAUUGCCCCUCAAAAAACCCUUAAUUUUUAAUUGAGGGUCAAAUGGCGUUGGGGUCAAACAACGCUGCAGAACAUUUUGGGUUAAAGGUCAAAUGGGAUCAACGGUCGAGUAGAUUAAAGCAGAAUAAUAGGAAAGGUUCAAUUGCCCCUUGAAAACAUUUAAACCUAAACUCUAAACGUCCAAACGUUAAAAGCCAUUUGACCCUCAACUUCAAACGUCCUUAAGGGUCAUUGGCCCUCAAAACAAUUAAUUUCUAGUUGAGGGUCAACCAGCCCUCGUUCUAUUACAUUUUACAACAUCACAACUAAAAUCAGUAUUCAUUUCACGAAUAAAACGAGAGAAACAAAGAAUUAUUUCGCUGAAUAGUUUAAUUUCGAGUUGAUUUUUUUAUCGAAGAAUGAAAAAUACGAAUGAUAACAUACACGGCAACGACACAUAUGAAUUGCAUAGGACCACGUUUACUGUGUAAAUACUACUAGAAUACAAUCUAUUUACUACUGUACAUAAAUAAAUAAAAAUAUGAGGUGCGAGGAGGAGUAUGUAAUCAUGGAGAUGCCGAAAGAAUGUUAGAUUUUAUAUGUGAAAUCGAUGAAAAUAAUAACUCUAUGUGCAAUGCAAAAGAAUCAAACGAGCAACGAAAAGACGCGAACAAAGUCUGAUGAAAAAUGUUCACGCACAUUUAAUUGAUUAGAAGAUAUUUCUCGAUGGUAAUGGUAUUGAAUACAUAUCCACGGAGAAAAAAAAAAUGAAUCGAAAGAAUACAUUCGACAUUUUAUUUGUCUUUUGGCUAGUAGAUUCAUAAGUGCUUCAUAUUGAUGAUAAUUUCACUCCAAAAUGGGGUUUGUACGCGAGCUUUAAUAAUUUAAUCUCUCGUUAAAAAUGAAAUUAAAGUCGAAGAAGCAGUGAUAAUUGGGAGAAGUCAACGAUUAAGUAGGGUAAAAGCCACGUUCAUAGAAAUUCAUUGCAAAAAUGAAACUUGACAGAAUUCAAUCUUCAAUAUCUCCUGAAGGAAUAAUUCGAUUUGGACAAGUGAAAGGUCAUUUCGAAGAUUGAAAAAGUACCUUGAAAAUGAAAAAAAAAUGGUGAAUUUCACUCUACCAGUCUCAAGAUAUUCAGCAUUAAAGAUUAUUAUUCAAUCUAGUCUCUUUCAAGUCCAAUAAAAUCGGAUUUCACUCUCUGGUGAAUAUCUCCGAAUCUAAUGGAGAUAGCGAAAUUUUGAUGAAAACCUUUUUCGCAGAGAACUUCACGAGCUACAAAAAAGGUCAUUACCAAAAUGUCGCUAUCCCCUCUCCAUUCCAAGAUAUUCAGCGAAAACUGAAAAGUAAAUAAAAUCCAAUGUGCUUUUACCCUAAUAAACCCAGACUCUGUGCUCGUUGUUGAUGAAAUACCAAUGAAAUAACACCAUUUAUCUUUUAUAAAUUGACAAAUAAAAAAUAACAAAUGUAAAUAAUAUGCCUUGAAGAAUGAAGUGGGAGAGAAGUCAAAAAAUAUAUUCGAUUUCAUUGAGAAUGUAAAGAUAACGAGAGGUACGACGUAUAGCAUCUUAAAUACUCAAGACAAUAAAAUGUUA